AUGAUUCAUUAUCUUGCAGGCUCCCUUAUAAGCACCGAGACCAGCUUGAUGGACCCGGUUGCGAAAAGUCAACAUGCUAAAAAGCCAAGUGCCGAAGAGACUGACAACGAUGCAACGCAUGCAGAGAGUAGUAGUAGGCUGUUAUUGUCAAGUCCACUGCCUUCCGAACUGCCAGAUCCAAAUGUCGCAGAUGCCAUGAUUGCCAAAGAAAUGUCAAAUACAUCCUCCCGAGAAUUGGAGCGGGCUUAUUUUGACGUGCAUGGUGUGAUUUCCAACGAAGUCCAAGAAUCACCACAAAUGAUAGAACAAAGCAUCCAGGCACUCCAAAACGAAAUGGAAGAACGUACCUCUGACAACGCAGCCUUACUACAAGCGAAACAACAAGACGCAAAAUACGUGACCAACCGAAACUUUCUGUUGCCAUUUCUCCGCUCCGAAUAUUUCGACGCCAAGGCUGCUGCCUUACGACUGGCACGUCAUUUUCAAGUCAAGAAGGAACUCUUUGGUGAGGAAAAAUUGGUGUCCGACAUUACGCAAGAUGACCUCGACCAAGAGACUAUGGAUACGCUGUAUAGUGGCCUGACCCAGCACUUGCCCAGUCCAGACCGAAGUGGACGAUCAGUUGUUGUUUAUAAUUGCAAUGGUCAACAAAGACUGAGUGCAAUGGGAAAGCUGAAACGAUUGUUCUACACAUCCAUGGUUGUAUUUCCAAACAAUGAACAAUCGCAAAAGCGUGGAGUCGUGGUAGUUCUGUACCUACUGGGACCACGGAGCACCCAGCUGGAAGCAGGAGCACCGGGCAGUAUGUCCUCUCGAAAGCUGGCUUGGAAACUCUGCCAGUUGUUGAGAGCCUUGCCCUUUCGACUUUCGGCCAUGCAUAUCUGCUAUGAUUCGUUGGCGUGGUCGCCGGUGCUAGUAACCAUGAAGAUGGCAUUGGGUGCUUUCACGAGGAUUCGGCUGCGGUCUCACUAUGGAUCCCACGCCCAUUGCAUAGCAGCGCUUCAGGGAUACGGCAUCCAACCAUGCUUCUUCCCCAUCAAAGAAGGAGGAACAAUGGAUACGGCAAACUACAAGACUUGGUUGGAAGGUCAGCGACGAACAGAGAGACGAACCAUGCCCAAGCGAACCCGCGUAUACGUUCCAGGUAACUUUGAUGUUCUCUUUGGCAAAGGCAGUCCCCUUCAGAACCACAUUGGCAAUGUCAAGCUACGAGGACUCAUUUCGGAUUGUAAGAAAACGUACGAAAAAACGGAAAAGGGAAGGAAGCACGAGAUAUCACAAGCGGUGAUUGAAAUCGUGAAGGAGUCCUGUGGUCUCUUUCUGAAACAGGGCGGAGACGAUUCUUGGAUUGUCGUGGAUGACGCUGCCGCUGAGCUCAAGGUGAGCACCUUGUUCCGAUCCCUUCGUGGAGGAAAACGCGCCGCCAGGAAGGCACCACCGCAACCGCAACCACAAUCUCUCCAGAAUAUGGGAGGAGUAGACACUUCUACCUUUCCCUCAUCCUCCGCGAACGCUUCGAAUCAACAAGUGAAAGGAGGUGAUCAGUCCUCCGAUUCCAAACAAUUUUAA